ACUAAUGUUGUUAACACGUACGAAAGAAAUCCAAGAUGGCGGCCACAUCAAUCCCUAUGCUUCAUCCAACGCAAGGCGAAAACACACUGCCUGAACCACAUCCUGACGAAUUCGCGUUCACAGCACCCCUGAAACAUGACAUGUCUUACUCAGGAUCGAUAGAAAUGCAAGAAAGCUAUGUUGAGAACGGUAAAACAGCCGGCGAUAAUGGCGAUGUAGGAAAAUCGAUCUACUCCCAAGUUUUUAGUCGCAAAGGGUUUGAAUGGCUGCUUGAAGUGGACGAAACUGAAGAUGACGACUUUAAUAAGCCGCUGCUAGAGGAGCUGGACAUUGACGUAGCUGACAUCUACUACAAAGUGCGCUGUGUCAUGUUCCCUUUGCCAUCACUCGGGUUCAAGAGAGAUGUGUUGCGUGAUAGUCCUGACUUCUGGGGACCGCUGUUGAUUGUCAUUUUAUAUGCAAUUUUGGCUUUGUAUGGACAGUUUAGAGUGGUUUCCUGGAUCAUAACUAUCUGGGUGCUGGGAUCUUUGAUUGUCUUCCUUUUAGCCAGAGUUCUUGGAGGAGAGGUGACCUAUUCACAGUGUCUGGGGGUCAUUGGCUACUCACUUAUCCCGCUAGUACUGACUGCCCUUGCAUUACCCUUGGUCCAUUAUUUCCCCAUGCUUGGGUUUUGCAUCAAGGCGAUUGGUGUUGUGUGGGCGUCGUACAGUGCAGGAUCUCUGCUAAUCCAUGAGGAUCUACGGUCCAAGAGACCACUCCUGUUAUAUCCCAUACUUCUGCUCUACAUCUACUUCUUCUCCCUCUAUACUGGCGUCUGAUUUAUCUCUCUAGAUCGAUCCCAUGCCUCAAAGUGGAUGGGUCUUGGGAAUUAGAACUGAAGAACACUGGAACAUAUUUAAAAAGGAAUGUUUUUAAAAGGAAAUCAAACAAUGUGCAAUGUGACCAAUCUAAAAAAAUUAAAAAAAACAGAGAACUGUUUUCUGCAGUUAUUGAUAAAAAAAGAUACAUUUGGACAGGGAAUAUUGUGUAUUAAGAAUGUGUUUUUGUUCAUAUUGCCUUGUUUAGGGGCAGCGGUGUGGUCCUAAAAGGGUGUGGUGUUGGAGUUGGGGCAAUUUUGAGGGGUGUUGGCUGCCUGGCGGGUUUUGUGUAGAGUACAGCUAAAAAUAAAUACAGUUUUAAAAA